UUUCGUUCCCGGAAGCGGCGGUGGCUGAAGUUGCAAGUCCCGGCUUUGGCCUGAGCGAGCGCGGCGCGGGGUCGAGCUCCGGCGGCGGAGGAGAAUGAGGCGCGGGGGCCCCGCCGAGCCCGAUUUCAGCCUGGGAGCGGUCCCGGCAGCGCGGCGCGUCUGAGCAAGUGUACUUUUCUCAUUGGAGCAUGAACUUGCUUUGGCAUCCUGAACCAGUAUUGUUUCCACUGAUCACAAGGAGGAUACAUAUGGACUAAAAGAUCACUCACUACUGCAAUGGAAAAGUCAUGGAUGCUUUGGUCCUUUGUUGAAAGGUGGCUACUGGCUUUGGCAUCAUGGUCUUGGGGUCUCUGCCGUAUUUCUCUUUUACCUUUGAUAGUAACUUUUCAUUUAUAUGGCGGCAUUACUUUACUUAUGUUAAUAUUUGUAUCCAUAGCAGGUAUACUAUAUAAAUUCCAGGAUGUACUGCUUUACUUCCCAGAACAGCCCUCUUCUUCACGCCUUUAUGUUCCUAUGCCUACCGGUAUACCACAUGAAAACAUCUUCAUCAAAACCAAAGAUGGAGUUCUUCUCAAUCUUAUUCUGUUGAGAUACACUGGGGACAAUGCAGUGUAUUCUCCUACUAUCAUUUAUUUUCAUGGAAACGCAGGCAACAUUGGUCACAGGUUACCAAAUGCUUUGCUGAUGCUGGUAAACCUGAAAGUAAACUUGCUGCUGGUUGAUUAUAGAGGUUAUGGAAAAAGCGAAGGAGAAGCAAGUGAAGAAGGUCUAUACUUAGAUUCUGAGGCUGUGCUAGACUACGUGAUGACUAGGUCUGACCUUGAUAAAACAAAAAUCUUUCUCUUUGGCCGUUCCUUGGGGGGAGCAGUGGCUGUUCAUUUAGCUUCUGAAAAUUCCCAUAGGAUUUCUGCCAUAAUGGUGGAGAACACAUUUCUUAGCAUUCCACAUAUGGCCAGCACUUUGUUUUCUUUCUUCCCAAUGAGAUAUCUUCCUUUGUGGUGCUACAAAAAUCAAUACCUGUCCUACAGAAAAAUCUCUCAGUGCAGAAUGCCUUCUCUUUUCAUCUCUGGGCUAUCUGACCAGUUAAUUCCGCCAGUUAUGAUGAAGCAGCUUUAUGAAUUAUCCCCAUCUCGGACAAAGAGAUUGGCCAUAUUUCCAGAGGGAACUCAUAAUGACACUUGGCAGUGUCAGGGUUAUUUCACUGCACUUGAACAGUUCAUCAAAGAAGUAAUAAAGAGUCACUCCCCUGAAGAAAUGGCAAAAACAUCAUCUAACGUAACAAUAAUAUAAUUGAUAUUCCCUUUUUUCUGAUAAAACUGCACUGUACCUUGAUUUGUGAAAAAUUGUAAAAGAAUGUCAAUUUUUAAAUGUAUAUUAUGUCUGUACUUGCCUAAAGAGUGAAAUUAAACUUGGAAAGGUCUAAUACUUUA